AUGGCUCGAACUCAUUAUGAGAGACUAGGGGUGGAACCGAAUGCCACUGCCGAGGAUAUUGAAUUGGCGUACCGCAUGCAAGCAACUACGCUCCACCCUGAUAAUUCUGGUACAGGCGAUGCUAAAGAGUACCGUAAAGUUACAGAAUCGUAUCAGUUGUUGUCUAACCCAGAAAAGCGCCGCGAGUACGACAAAGGAAAGACACGGACGCGGUCUUUUGGAUUUUUCUCUUCUUCCAACAGAACCUUCACAAUCUCUUCCGACAAUGGAAGAAGCCCUAGAGGGUCUCCAAGCCUUGAUGACGAUAUAGCUAGUGAGACCGUUUAUUCAACCAACUCGAGGCGUACAUCGGGGCCGGAUCCCACUGCAUUUUACACACAUGGACCUUCGUCUCCGACAUCUCCGACAUCCCCGACAUCACCAUUGACAAUGCCUCCAGGAACUGGCCAGCCAGUUGGUGACAAGUUUGAGGUAUCGUUGUUAUGCACACUAGAGGAACUAAGUACAGGAAGCACCAAGAAGCGAACACUGAGGCGGCAAAAGCAAGACGGACAGAUGGAAGAAAAGGAAAUACUUGUUGUCAUUGAGCCAGGCUACAAGUCAGGGACGCGUAUUACAUUCCCUGGGAGCGGCGAUUACCUUGCACAUUUGCGGAAAUACCAAGAUGUUGUUUUUGUGAUUGCAGAGCGGCGGCAUGAGAGAUUUGUGCGUGAUGGAAAUGAUUUGAUCACAGAGCUAGAGAUUUCUUUUCGCGAGUCCAUGGUUGGAUUUAACAAAACAGUAACGUUACUGAGUGGCAAGGAGUUUUACGUGGCUUAUAACAAGCCGGUGGACACUGGGUACGAAAUUAUUCAUGAUGGCCAUGGGAUGCCUAACCGGAAAAAGCAGCUCGAGCGUGGGAUGCUUCGGGUGCGCAUCAAGGUUGUUCUGCCUAAAACUCUAUCCAAAUCUCAAAAGGAGGUUUUCUAUAAUCAUUUUCCCGAGGAGUAA